AUGCCCGAGUCCUGCGCCGAGGUGCUCGGCCUGCUGCAGCUCCUGGAGGCGGCGUCCCGCCUCGGCCCCCGCGCGGCGGCGUGCCUCGAGCUGUCGCCCGGCGCCGGCCCGGGCGCCCGCGCGGCGCUCGCGGCCGUGCCGCGCGAGGAGUGGGUCAGCAGCAAGCUGGGGUCGAAGCUGGCGCAGCAGCUAAAGGACGUGCUCUCCAUCUGCGGCGGCGGCCUGCCCGCCUGGUGCCGCCAGCUCGUCGUCGGCGCGCGCUUCCUCUUCCCCUUCGAGGUCCGCCGCCGCUACUUCUACUCCACCGCCUUCGGCCUCGCGCGCGCGCUGCAGCACAUGCAGCUGCAGCAGAACGCGGAGGGCCUUGGCGGCGGCCUCGAGCGCGACAGCCGGGAGCUGCGGAUCGGGCGGCUGCAGCGGCAAAAGGUGCGGGUCAGCCGGCGGCGCAUUCUGGACAGCGCGGUCAAGGUCAUGGAGCUGUACGCGCGCAACAAGGCGGUGCUGGAGCUGGAGUACUUUGGGGAGGUGGGCACUGGCCUGGGGCCGACCCUGGAGUUUUUCACGCUGCUGAGCCACGAGCUGCGCCGCAAGGCGCUCGGCAUGUGGCGCCACGAGGACGCGGGCGGCGGCGGCGGCGGCGGCGGCGCGCAGCAGCAGCGCGGGGGCCGCGGCGGCGGCGGGGCGGCGGAGCGGCAGGAGAAGCAGGGGAAGCAGCAGCAGCAGCAGGUGGUGGUGGCCGCCGGCGCCGAAGAGGCGCCGGGCGCCGCGGCAGCAGCGGAGAGGGCGGGCGGCGGCGGCGGCGGCGGCGCGGGCGCGUUCAACGCGCACGCGAGCGCCGCGCAGCUCGCGGAGGAGGCCGCCACCCACGACUCGGCCGACGGCGGCGCGGGCGAGUUUGUGUACGCCCCCUGGGGCCUGUUCCCCGCGCCGCUGCCCGAGGCGGCGCGCGGCGGCGCGGCGGGGCAGCGGGUGGUGGAGCUGUUCCGGCUGCUCGGGCGCACGGUGGCCAAGGCGCUGCAAGACAGCCGGCUGCUGGACCUGCCGCUGUCGCACCUCUUCUUCAGGGCGGUUAUGGGGCGCCCGCUCGACCUGUACGACGUGGCGGCCAUCGACCCCGCGCUCGGCCAGAGCCUGGAGCGCCUCGCGGGCGCGCUGGCCGCGUGGCGCGCGGCGGGCGCGGCGGGGCCGCUGCUGGUGGACGGCUGCCCCGUGGAGGACCUGUGCCUGGCCUUCACGCUGCCGGGCUACCCCGACCACCCGCUGCGCCCCGGCGGCGCUGACGUCACUGUGGACGCGGCCUCGCUCCCUGAGUACCUGGCGGCGGUUGUGGACGCGACGCUGGGGGCCGGCGUGGCGCCGCAGCUGGGGGCGUUCAGGGCGGGGUUCCAGGAGGUGGUGCCGCUGGCGGCGCUGGAGGCGUUUUACGAGGACGAGAUCGAGGCCCUCGCACGUCCCGACGCGUCCACACCCGCCCGGGCGCUGACCCUCUGCGCUCCGCCGUCGGCCGCGCCGGUUGCCUCCCGAACCCAGGUCCUCCUCUGCGGCACCGGCGAGCGCUGGACGGUCGCCCAGCUGGCCGACGCGAUCAAGUUUGACCACGGCUACACCGCCAGCUCAGCGCCGGUGGUGGCGCUGCUGGAGGUGCUGGCCGAGCUGGAGCCGCCGGACCAGCGCCGCUUCCUGCGCUUCGUGACGGGCUGCCCGCGCCUCCCGCCCGGCGGCAUUGCGGCGCUGCAGCCGCGGCUGACGGUCGUGCGGAAGCACCCGGCGGCGGCGGCGGGCGUGCCUGCGACAGCGGCGGCGGCGGAGGGGGGCGGCGGUGGGGCGACGCCUGGCGGCGAGGCGGGGUUGAUUGCGAUGCUUGCUGACGGGGACCUGCCGAGCGUCAUGACGUGUGCCAACUACAUCAAGCUGCCGCCUUACUCAUCCAAGGCCGUGCUGCGGUCGCGGCUGAUGCGUGCGCUUACAGACGGGUUAGGCAGCUUUGAUUUGUCGUAG